CUAAAAAAUGACGUCUACUUUUCACCUGAGCAUAUAAAGAGACAAUCAUUCUGUGUUCAUUUAAACUGUCACAGAAAUUAUGCAUUCGGUUUGUUCGUCAAUAAACACCAAUUUCAUAGUAUUAAAACCCAUCAAUUUGAAAUUUAUUCGCAAUUGCAUCAGAUGUUGCUCAUGAUAAUUGAAAUUGAAGUGUUGCACAUUUUUCGAACGGGAUGUUCAAUUGAAUAAGAGCUCAGAAGAACACAUAGUAUUCUUUAUUUGGCAUUGCAUUACAAAGGAAACGGCAGAUAAUAGUAUUAUUCCGGCACAACAGUCAGUACAACACACGCGCGCGCACACACAUAUACACACACUGACGCGAUUCAGCAUUUCAACAAUCCCAUCGUACGCAAUCACUAACCAGUAUCACACCGAUGCUCCUCAGUUAUCAUUCGUCUUGGACUUGAAGUGCACCGUAUUUUCAACAUUUAUUUGUCACAUUUGAGCGCGUUUAAUUGAACAACAAAAAACAUGAGUUGCCGAAAUCGCUUGUUUUUCCUUGUUUUGCUGACCGUAUCACUUUCAGCCCAGAUAAAUGCAAAUGACAACGAAUUAGACUUGGAGAAAAUCAAAGACUCAAUCGAUUUGGAAAAGAUCAAAAAGAAUUUGCCGGCUGGAAUUGAAAUUCCAUCAUCACUGCAAAAUGUCACCCUGCCAUCGAUUGACGAAGUGAAAAAAGUGCUUAAGGACAAAUGCACGAAAGUAUCUGGCGGCGAGGAAGCGUAUGUAGCCAUCGAAAAGGGAGCCGAAGAUUUAAAAACCUGUACCACCGGCCUGAUCGAUGUUGAAGUCUUGCGCCAAGAGAUUGAAGCGGCAGAGCCAAGCGGUGAAUUGGACACCGUAUUCAACAAAUAUUGUCGCAAGCGUAAUAUUGCGAUCGGUUGCAUGGAGAAUUUCACAACAGUGAUUGAACCAUGUCUGGAACAAGAAGAAAUUGAAGGCAAGCGAACCUUUGUGAAAAUCUUCAAAAACCUGCUGAAUUUCGUGUGCUACAAAGACGGUGACCAAAUUGCCUUGUUCAUUGCCGAAAAGGGGCCUGAAUGCUUUGACGAACGUAAAGAUGAAUUGAUUAGCUGCAUGAAUUCAACAUUCUAUAGUUAUUUGCCAUCGGAGAAAGAAAUUGAAUCGAAAACUGUGCCAACCGAGUUGCCACAAUUGGUCAUGGGCGCUACACAGUGCAAUGACAUGGACAUAUUGCAAGCAUGUGUAGUUAAAUCGUUGGAGAAAUGUGAAGAAUCCACACCGGCCAAUCUAGUUGAAUCAAUGUUCAAAUUUGUGCGUAAUGAAACGCCUUGCGUGAACAUAACAUCGCCAUCAGCUCGAAAAAAUAUUGCUGAUUCAGGAAAUCCGAAUAAUGCAUACAGCAGUGCUGUGUCAUCGUCAUUGAUUGCCUCAAUGCUUGCCUUUAUCACCGUUAGGUCAAUUUCAGCGUAGAUAAGAAUGCUCUUUGAGGCAUGUACACAACUGUAGCCUAAAGCAACUCAUUACCAACAAAAACACGAGAUCAAACAAAAUUAAAAAUGAAGGGAAUUUAAAGUAAAUUUAAAAUAAUUUAUUUGUAAAUGUAAAUGUAAGCGUAAAACUGUGUAAACAAUAGUAACCAAAAACAACAACAACAACAACAAUCAUUCACAAGAAGAAGAAAAAGACAAGCGCAGUGUCACAAUGCAAAUAACCUGUAAGAAAUGCAUUAAAUGUGACCAAAGGAUAGUACUCUCUACCAGAAUAGAAGUAAAUUUUAAACAAAAAAAAAUUAAAUCCCCGUGCUGUUAGUGGGAAUACAUAUUUAAAAAAAUAAAUAAAUAAAUAUGUAAACAAUGAAUUAUAAUGAUAACUGCAGAAACCUUUAUUUAUUUUGCAAGAUUGCAAUUUUCCACACGCAGAAUUGUUUCUUUCUGAACACAUUACCAUGUCAAUUCUUGUCAAUUACCAUGCAAUACCAUUGAAACCACAAAAUCAAGGAAGAGUUUGAUUAGAAUAAUUAUGAAAAUAGCACUGGAUAAUAUUGGAGAUUUUUUUCUAUUACUUUUUUGUUUUUAAAAGAAAGAUUUUAUAAGAAUCAGCAUAAGAUGAAUUGGUCAUCAAAGGAAUAAUGAAUAAAGUUAAAAACAAAGACAAGAGGAGUAGGACAUACCAAACACAAAA